GGUUGCCUGUUAUGUCUCACUGGCAAAAACCUGGAUCGGCCCAACUUGAAUUUUCGCGUCCCUUUGCUUCAUCCGCUCUUUCUGAUUUCUGAUUUCUGACACUAUUUCAGGAUCAUUUUGAUGUAGUUGCCUUUGGUUCGAUCCGCUUGCAUGAAUUGGGAUGCCCAGACUGCGCAUGUGGACUGAAUGGGCGAAAGGAGCGCGUGACGCGUGAAGAGUUGUCAACCGUCUCCUUCAAAAGUACUUUCGCGGUGCUAAAUAAGCUCGGCACGUUGUGUGGGAAGCUAUCCCUAUCUCUCCCUAUCACCCUCACACCAUUUGAUCUCAAGUCUGAAAACCAUGCCUUUCAUCUCUGUGGACGAUAGUGUAUCUCAAUCCUACAAUUAUGUGCUUGUCGGUUUGACUCUUGCAGCGAGGCUUUCAGAAGAUCCUUCGGUGUCUGUCAUUGUUCUCGAAGCUGGUGGCUUCAACCCAGAGGACCAGCUGAUAUCACGUCCGGUACAGUUUGGCGCUCAUCUCGGUCAAGAUGCUUAUGCCUGGACUUUCAAGACGGUCCCUCAGGAGAAUGUUGCAGGAAGACAGAUUGGAUGGGAUCGGCAAGUACCAUGUUUUCUUCAACCAAUUCCUGUCACUUACCGCCCAUUGAUUAGAGGCAAAGUUCUUGGAGGAAGCUCUGCAAUCAACUUUUCUGUUUGGACGAAUCCCGCGAAAGGGGACAUUGAUGAUUGGGAGAAGCUCGGCAACACUGGGUUGGAACUGGGAAAACUUCAGCAAAUAUCUCUCGAGAGCAAUCUCCUUGAACGACGAGGUAGUCUGGAAACUUGGAACUUGCCAAAGAACGGUAGCUUAUUUCUGAGCAACGGCACAGGCGUGAUGCUAAUCACGACCAACCGUUUAAGGUCCCCUUCAAUCAUUGUUGAUGCAAUGGCAUUGGUGAAUUUAGGCGUGCCGAAGGCCCCGUUACCGCUUGACGGAGACCCACAAGAUAAGGAAGUGAUUCUAUCUGUUGGAGCACUGAAGACACCUCAUCUAUUGGAGCUCUCCGGAAUCGGACGUCCUGAUGUAUUGAAACAGGCUGGCAUCACCCCGAGGCUUGAUCUUCCUGUUGGAGAGAAUGUCCAGGAGCAUGUUUUCGCAUCGCUAAGCUAUGAAUUGAAGGAUGGAGUGGCAGACGACACUCUCGACGUCCUUGGUGAUGAAGUUGAACGCCAAAAACACAUCGAUCUUCACGCCCGCGGCGAGGGAGUCUUCAGUAUGGGCAUCGUCAACUUCGCCUUCCUGCCUCUAAGUACACUGUCUCCCAACUCUGAUGCCAUAUAUUCGGCGACCAUCAAUUCCAUUAAGGAGAAGAUAGAUCAAGGGCGAUACUCUGUCGGGGCCACGGAGACCCUCAAAAUGCAGAUUCAGAAGGUUGAAAGAAAUGCCUUGGACUGCGAGAUCACAACUUUGCCAGGAUUCCUCUCAGGUCCAAAUCCCCCUAGGCCAGGAAGGAAGCAUUUCAACAUUUUCUGCAUGAAUAAUAGUUUGUUCUCGAGAGGCACGGCGCAUCUCACCUCCAGUGAUCCCUUAGUGGAUCCUGCGUACGAUCCUUGUUACUUUGAAGAUAAAGCUGAUCUCGGAGCUCUAAUUGAAACGGUUAAAUUCGCGCGCAAGGUCUGCCGAACUUCCCCAUUCAAGGAUGUUCUCGACGAGGAACCAGUGGAAGUCAACCCGGGCCCGAACGUCCAGACCAACGAAGAGAUUGGCGCUUGGAUCAAACAAGUUCUUACCUCUACUUGGCACACGGUCGGAACCGCUUCGAUGCUUCCGAGGGACAAGGGAGGAGUAGUCGAUUCCAAACUCAAGCGCUCGCAUACGGAAUUGCCUGAGCAAGCGGCGGAUAUCAUCAAAGGCUUGAUUUAA